AUGGCGGCGACUAAGACUCGAAUAAGCAGCUUCUCUCGCAACAUAUCAGCUGUGUCUGCUCCUCAGUUGCCAGGAAUAAAGUGUGGUCCUAAUGGCACAUUCUUUGUUUCAUCUGGGAUACCUGACCUUGACAAGAUAUUGGGUGGUGGGUUUACUUUGGGAAGCUUAGUUAUGAUAAUGGAAGAUGCGGAAGCGCCUCAUCACAUGCUUUUAUUGAGGAAUUUCAUGUCUCAAGGACUUGUUCAAAACCAACUUCUUCUUUAUGCCAGUCCAGCUAAAGACCCUAGAGGGUUUUUGGGUACUUUGCCUUGCCCCUCAUCGUCUAAAGACGAUAAAUCCCGUAAUCAUGAUACAGAACAGGAGAAGGGACUGAGAAUUGCUUGGCAGUAUAAAAAGUAUUUCAGUGAAAAUCAGCAAAAUAUUGAUGGUCAUAGAGAUAGUAAGCAAGAGUUUUGCAAUGAUUUUGACUUGCGGAAACCAUUGGAGAGGCAUUUUUACAGUGGGCAGCGUGUAGACUGUGUCAGCAUCAAGGAUUCUCCUAAUCUGACCGCUCUUCAUGACCGCUGUGCCACAUUUUUAGCUCAAUUUCCAAGAAAUGAUGGAAGCUUUUCUUGUAUGGGUCGUAUUGCCAUUCAGGCGCUAUGUGCUCCACAAUGUGAAUAUUCAGACACGGACUGGGAUAUGCUUUCCUUCAUAAGAUCUCUCAAAAGCAUGCUACGAUCUGCAAAUGCAGUUGCUGUUAUUACAUUUCCACCUUCCCUUCUUUCGCCAUCCUUCUGUAAAAGAUGGCAGCACAUGGCGGAUGUGUUACUGUCUGUCAAAGCAAUCCCAGACGAGGACAGGGAAUUGGGAAAACUCCUGACUGGUUACCAAGACAUGGUUGGCUUCCUUAAUGUGCACAAAAUAGCACGUAUCAAUACUCAGGUUCCCAUGAUUCUUGAGGCGACAACAUUCUCAAUAAAAUUGCAAAAGCGACGGUUUCUAGUUUUAGAAUGUCUAAACCAAGCCCCUAUUGAUGGUUCGAGUGGGACUUCAUAUGGGACAUCUGGUGGCUGUUCUGGGUCCUCCAAAAGCGGCGCCCUUGAUUUUUAG